UUCAAAUCGUCUUAUACUGACUACAUGUCGGAUCUCGGCGAGAUGGAACUUCGCUCAUUCAUUGCAGCCACCUUGCAUAAAAACCCACGAGACCGUGCCUUCAUACUGGAAAUUGAGCAGAUUUUCACCGAUUUCAUCUCUAAUUCUGGGUGCGUUUCCGAAAUGAAAAACCCUGUUUCUCGAAACUCGGGCGUCAACAACUUAUUUUCAAUAUUAAGAGCAGAAAGUGUGCUUGCUGUAAAAUAUAACCACAGUGAUCCUGAAAUAUUUGCAAAACUCCGGACCGCCGAUGUCUACGGUGCGGAACGAACGCGCUAUUACCCUUUCAAGGGUUUUUGGGGACCCGUUUACCACCACACCAUGCGAGUCCUUCGUUUCGCCUUUCUCUCAGCCGUGUUAUUGACUUAG